AUGGACAGAAUUGUGCAAGAGUUCAGUCCCCCCCAAGACCCGUGUCGAGCGAUUCAGGUUGCUGAAAAUCUUGAAGAUUAUCUGCUCAUACGCCCCCAGGGACCAUGGAUGAUACCUGAAACAAUUGCCUACCCGCCCUCGGGUCAAGAGACUGGCGUGUAUUGGGUGGUUGAUGUUGGUGGCUCUACGGUUCGUAUCGCAGAGGUAGACUUGGAGUCUCAAUCUACCAGCGUUGUUGUAGCCAUUGCUCUCAGUUCUGCAGCAAAGCAGGAUAUCGUUGAGUUCGUGGUCCUAAAGCUGCGCGAAUAUGGCGUGCAGGGAAACGUUGCCCUCACCUGGUCUUUCCCCCUGAUAGACGGUAUUAUACAGCCCAUGGGUAAAGGUUUCAGCAGUUUGUACGUUGGUAUGGACUUGGCGAGUGUUUUCAAUCACCAUUUGGAGAAAGCCUAUGCUGCCUGUAAGGUAGUUUCUGUGUGUACGGAUGGCGCCUCGGCACUUAUUGCUCAACGAUUUCUUGAGUCUGACUGCAAUAUUUCGCUGACUUGGGGCACCGGAAUCAACAUCAAUCUUUUUAUGGAGGGUGUGGUGGUGAACUCAGAAAUAUCCAUGCUCGGCAGAGAGCACGACAGAGACACAUUCUACCAUCUUCGUUCAGCCAACCAGUACGACGAGGUUUCGACUUUCCAGCCAUUGGAGUCUUUGGUUGGAGGGUUGUACUUGGAGAGAAUUGCUGAACGAGCUCUGGGGAAGCCGAUUGAUUUCUGGGCUGUGCUUCAUGAUCUAAACCAUGCUCACUUCAGAGUCGUCCAAGCAAUCGCUGAUAGAGCAGCUAGGAUUGUUGCAGGAGUCCUGACCGCCUUCCUCCGUCACACAGACUACUAUGUGGUUGCAUAUACUGGUGGCGUGAUAAACGAGCCAUUUAUACGGCAGACAGUCGAGUACUAUGUGCAAUCACUUGGCCAGCGCAUCGAAUUUGUUCCUCAGGUACACGGAUCAAUGUUUGGUGCUGCUGUUCUGGCCGCAAUGAAUGAAGACGCCGCAAGAAAACGUAGCGGCUGA